CCGGGAUGUUUUGGCCCGCUGGCGGAGCCGUAGCCACAGUUUCCUCGGGCGUCCGCAGCCGGGGACCCGGCUGUCCAGGAUCCCGGGCCGAGGUCCACGAUGUCAGAGGAAGAAACUAGGCAGAGCGAAAGCUCCCCGGAAGCCAGUGGGGUGACUGUCAGCGACAUCCAGGAGCUGAUACGGCGCAAGGAGGAGAUCGAGGCGCAGAUCAAAGCCAAUUAUGACGUGCUGGAGAGCCAAAAAGGCGUGGGGAUGAACGAGCCGCUGGUGGACCGCGAGGGCUACCCCCGGUCGGAUGUGGACCUGUACCAAGUCCGAACUGCAAGGCACAACAUCGUCUGUUUGCAGAACGAUCACAAGGCGGUGAUGAAGCAGGUGGAGGAGGCCCUGCACCAGCUGCACGCUCGUGACAAGGAGAAGCAGGCCCGGGACCUGGCUGAGGCCCACAGGGAGGCCACGAACCACGGCCAGAGCCAGGGCCUCAGCCCUCCUCAGGCCUUCGCCAGAGUCAACAGCAUCAGCCCCGGCUCCCCGGCCAGCAUCGCAGGUCUGCAAGUGGAUGAUGAGAUUGUGGAGUUUGGCUCUGUAAACACCCAGAACUUCCAGUCGCUGCAUAACAUUGGCAGUGUGGUCCAGCACAGUGAAGGGAAGCCCCUGAAUGUGACAGUGAUCCGCAGAGGGGAGAAACAUCAGCUCAGACUCGUGCCAACACGCUGGGCAGGGAAAGGGCUGCUGGGCUGCAACAUUAUUCCUUUGCAAAGAUGAUUGUCUUUGGGGAACAGUAACAGGAAAGCAUCUUCCCUUGCCCUGGACUUGGGUCAAGUGGGGAUUUCCUCCUUCUCUUCUCUCCCUGAAGCUUAAGGAUCUGGAAGAGGCUGGAAGCCUGAACUUCUCGGAUGUGGAACGCUGUAGCCUCCCAAUGUCAUCUCUCAGGAUUAAGGCAUUGUUAAAAACUUGAUUUGUGUUUAGCAUCUUUUGCAAAUUAGGGCCAUGGCCAUAAAUGGGAAUCCUCUGGAUCGUGAGCAAGUGGGCGGGUAUUAUUAUGGCAGGUGCCAAUAUGACUUUAUUCUUCUAGAAAUUUUGUUUUUUUCCCAAAUAAACACAGUUUUACAGAGCUGAUAUGACCAUGUUAUCACCCCAGCUGGAUUUCCUAUAAACCUCUCAAACCAAUGCUUGGGCGGGAGUUAGAUCAUCCUCAUAGAAAGUUGGCAGAACAAACCAACAGUUGCGCUGAAGUCAGGAUUUGACCAGCAUCAUCUCAGGAACAUCAUCCUUUAGUGAAUGGGGUUUCCAGACACUCAAGCUGCACCAUCUGCGUCUGCACUGCAGCACUGCUGUUCUGGAUACAGAAAUUGCAACCUCAGCAGUGGGACCUCUAGGGCCACAACUUCUCCCUUUAAGAAUAGGUUGAAAGCCAGGAGGCACCCCUGGUAGCCCAGUAUGGUGGCGGCUUCCUCUUCUGUAAUCCACCAGAGGGCAGCAAGCUGCCUUCACUUCUGGAGUAAAAGACCCUGCAAAUUAGCUUCUAAUUUGACUUUAUGAUGAACCUCCUGGCCAUGCCCUCAGAUCAGCACUAUUUUGUAGACUGCUAAGAUGUGUUGACAUUGCUGAGGGGAACCAGCAGUGUGUGCAGACCUGUCUUCUUAAAAAUGUUGAUUCCUCCUUUUAUUUUCUGUCUUUAAUGUGGCAGCAUGAGUUUCAGUGAUUCCUGGUGACUCAAGUGUCUCUCUUUCUCUCCUCACUAUCAUGGUGUUUAUUUCCAUAGUUCUUGCAAACCCCUUUCUGUUUCAGAGGAUGUCUGGCACAUUCUGGUGAGGCAUGCUUGAGUUCCUGGGGAUGGAUUUGCUUGGGUUGGGUGCAGAUGCCAGCUUGCCCUGACAGGAGUCAGGACUAGGGUGUGCUUCCAGCCAUGGGUUCUUAUGCUUAAUUGGAAAGCCUUCCUGUUGAGUGUCUUUCCCCAAACUUUGUACUCCAGCGGAACAUCCACAUGUAUCUCCCCUCUUGUAGCCACAGACAUGCUGUGUUUACCAAUGUUUGCUGUUUAAAUUGUUUGUUCUAAUUCCAAGUGUUUUCUAGUCUCUUUUUGUAAGCCCUAGACUAUAAUAAACACAGCUUGUCCUA